AUGCAAGAGCUUGCACGAACGCGGCAGGGAUGUCUGCCGGCCAGCAAGCGAGCGGGCAAUGUCUCUCCCAAGGAAAUCACUCCUCGUCGAGGCUCGACGGCCCGAGGAGAGAUCUUCCCUGAUCUUCUUCAUCCGACCCGGGCGGGUCUUGUUGACCGGCGGCCGGCUGGAAGGAACCCCGAGAUCUGUCCUGCGCGUGCAAGGGCCUGCAUUUCGGGCUCCUUGAGGGAGCUAGGGUGGCACCCCCAGGGGCAAAGCCAGUGUGAUGCCAUCUACAGCAGCAUUGUGUAG